AUGAAGGGUACGGCGGGGUUGACACGGCAGCAGCGCAGGUCCAAGAGUAAGCUGGCAACCGCGAGUAAGCUGGCAACCGCGAGGAGGAAGAAGAAGAAGAAGACGGAGGAGCUGCCGAGCGUGAGGAAGAGGGACAGCGGCACGGCGAAGGAAACGCGCGGCGGCGGGGCGAGUCCAUACCACGACAGGAUGCCCGUCGAGCAAGGUGAAUACGAAGGCCGCGACACUUUCCACCAAUGGUAUAUGCAAACAUGGGGCAACCUGAUCGGUUCGAUGGAGCAAAGAACGGCUAUCCCCAGCAUGCGCCGCACGGACUGCCAAGUCGCGCCCAGAGGCCCCGUCCACACCAGCGAAACCCUGCAGGUCUUCACCGUCAGAAUCUCGCCUGGAGACGCCUCGGGUUUGAGCUGGCCACUGCACGUGUAUGGCGUUAUCGCGGCGCGCGACCUUGUGGAUUACAAGCGCAAUAUCAUCUUCGAGCGUGGAAGGGAUGAUUGCCACACCAUCAUUGAGCAGGCUCCAUACCUAGAACUGACAGGUCCUACACGUGCUAUUGUGCUGCUGGAUCCUGUGUGCUUUGAGGUUGACCUUAAAGUGAAGGGCACUAGGCAGUCUGAUGAGGAUCAAGAUCUAAUCUUCCUAUCUACAUCAUUCAGGAAUCCGCCGCGUCUGUUAGAGGUGUCCUACACCGGCAAGAACUGCACGCUGGAGUGGACAAUGGGCCACAUUUUUAGUUCAAUAGAGGCCACAGUCAGUAUGAAAGUCAUUCAUGGGUCAUGGCCAGAUGGUUUCCGAGGUUUCUUCGCGGCCAAAACUGCCAGUAUAGAUGGCAUGGAGUUUGCGUUGCUCCUGACCGGUGAUGAUAAGCUGCCUGUUGCUGAGGAUGGCAUGAUCAGGCUUCAACGCCAAGUUGUUUGUGCUGAGAUUGACAAGGAAGAGGAGCAUCUGGAAGUUUGUGUGGAGGCUAAUAAUGGUGUUGCCGGGGGACGAUACGAUGAUGCUCUGCUUUUUACACCUCAGCGAUACGGUAGACUCUGGUGUUCUUAG